GGGCAGGCGGCAGGACGCGUCACAGGCGAUAUAUAAUGUAGGCUUUGUGACGCAGGCAGCCCGGCGUAAGUGUGAGUCGUGCGUGAGCCGCGUCCCAUGCUGUUUACUGGUCACGAAGGAGAAGUCAGCGAGAGGAGGUCGGGGCCGCAUCCAGCCCGUCACCGGAGCCUGCAACACCGUGCCCUGCCUACGGGAUACCGCCUUUUGCUGUAUGCGCCAUCACCGGCCGCCUCACGGCUCCACCACCGAUUCUUCCUAGGGACCGGCUGUAUGAUUAAGAUACAAUCUUCAAUGAGUAAGCAUAGCCCUCAGUUCUGUGGUGUUCUUGGUCACACAUUUAUGGAGUUUCUGAAGGGCAGUGGAGACUACUGCCAGGCACAGCAUGACCUCUAUGCAGACAAGUGAACUGUAAAAGAAAUCCAUUACUACUCCACUAAGAAACCCCCCUAAGCGCAAUCAACCUGGACAAGAAGUGUUGGCUUGAAUUUGGCAGCGCACUUUACCUAAGGGGCUGAUACCUGGAUGGGGUAAACGUCAGUGCACUGCUUGUCUUUUGUCUCAGUAUUACUGGAUUGAAGAUUUGCUACUUCUCGUGAGGAGGCUCAUUUCAUAUCCAUUGCUUCCAUCCAAACAGGCGCUGAGAAGUUUGUGGAGUAGCAGGAAGCUGACUUCAGUUUAUAAACGUAAUUUCCUUUUGUGAUUAACUUGAGUUUACAACUUUUUUUUUUUUUUUCCAACGAUCAAUUGUUUUUUCUAAAUUGGUAAAAUGGCCCGAAUGAACCGCCCUGCUCCAGUGGAGAUAACCUACAAAAACAUGAGGUUUCUCAUCACCCACAACCCCACCAAUGCCACCUUAAAUAAAUUCAUAGAGGAACUUAAGAAGUAUGGAGUUACUACAGUUGUAAGAGUGUGUGAAGCCACCUAUGACACUGCCCUAGUGGAAAAAGAAGGAAUUCAAGUUUUGGAUUGGCCCUUUGAUGAUGGUGCCCCACCUUCUAGUCAGAUUGUAGAUGACUGGUUAAACCUUUUGAAAGCUAAAUUCCGUGAGGAGCCUGGCUGCUGCAUUGCAGUCCACUGUGUUGCUGGGCUGGGAAGAGCUCCGGUACUUGUGGCCCUUGCUUUAAUCGAAUGUGGGAUGAAAUAUGAAGAUGCCGUUCAAUUUAUAAGGCAGAAGCGUCGAGGAGCUUUUAAUAGCAAGCAGCUGCUUUACCUGGAGAAGUAUCGUCCUAAAAUGCGGUUACGCUUUAAAGAUCCCAAUGGCCAUCGGAACAAUUGUUGCAUUCAGUAGAAGCUCCCCUUGUAGCUCCCGAAUAAAAUAACAAUUGUAGACCUGAACAGGAUCCAAUGCUAAUACCUGGUUAAUGUUUUAUAGGUCAAGUGUGCUUUGGAAAAAUGUGUAGGUCACAGCCCGUCCUCCCCUCAAGUGAGGAAGUGGCUGAAGUCGCGUAGAUAAAUGAUGUAAUUGAGCUUGAGAUUUAUUUGCUUACUUGUUGUGAUUUAUUUUUAAGUCCCUCCUUACUACUUAAUCUAAUAGUGCAGUAAAAAAAACACACAUGGUUCAUCUGUUCCCAAAACUUGUACCCAUGAAAUAAAUGACUGUACAAUGCCAAAACACCCAGCAAACCAUUUUUAUAGCGCAAUAAUUUUCAUUAUAGUCUGAAAGAUAUUGCUUGAAUAUUUACUGGCUGCUCACUGUAUGUUUACAUCGUCUCCCACACUUGCCGUAAGUCAGGGCUUGCACGAGUCUGUGUUGUGCGAGUUUUUAUUUUAUUUUUCAAAACUUUGCCAAUCAUGUGUAGGCUAAAUGCCAUAUCAUAACCUUUUCCGUUCUGUGAAAGCACACCGACCACAUUGUAGAAGUCUCCAGACAAAGCCUUACUAUGAAUUAAUGUCUGCGCCCUGUGGUGCAUCUUACAUGGAGGACCUUAGUGUAUUUUCUUUUCUUUUUUUUUUCCCCUCUUACUUUCCUAGUAAAAUGUUGCCUUUUGUCUUGUGCAGGAAGUGUAGAAUAUGCCAUUUUCUUCUGUAACUCUUUUUAAACAAAAUGUAGAUGCUUUAAUGUAGCUGGAUUCUUCAAGUUUCUGAAAGGUCCUUUCUUUAACUGUGCAUUUGGACAAUGUUUUUCCAACAACCGCUUUGUGACUUCUUUUAUCUCCCCUACUGAGUCUGCUUUUGCAAAAGCGGCACCCAGUCUGUAAUAUUUUGUAUACCUUUUGAGCUGUGUAACUUAAUAUUUCGAUACUUGAUGAUUUUGUUUUAUUAUGUAAUGGAUUAAAAAAAAUUGUGAUCUGUAUCGAUGUUAGCUCAAACAUAUAUUUAUACUGUCUUGGGAAUGUGUGGUGUUAGUACUGUGGGAGAAUAAGUUACCAGUGUUUCACCAGCUUGUAAAAUGUAGUAUGAAAGCAUAAACCUCUAAAUAAAGAAGGAUACAAA